CACACCAUAAGAAAAAACAGCACAACCUAUGCACUCUGGCGAUUAAUCCAAUGUCACUAACAGUAUCGAUCACUAGCCUAUAUGACAUUACCAUCCCUCUCCAUGGCAUAAUACGUAAGAAUCGAAACUCGGACAGACGAAAAAAUGUCAUCGGGGAACGAUAGUGGUCCGGUGGAUAUAGCCAUCAAUGUUGUGAGGCAGUGGAAGGAGACCUAUAGAUGGAUACCAAUAUUUGGAGCUGUUGCUGCAAUUGCUGCGGCUUUUUUGACUGGUGGAAACAAUCUUCCGGCUCCGUUUUCGACACCAAUUGAGUCAGGGAGUCUGACACUUCUAAAGGCAUUUGUUGUGGCUUGUGUGAUCUACGUUCCUGGAGCAGCCUUUGCAAGUUGCGGCUGUUCUGUGAAUGACUUGUUUUCUGAUUUUCUCAAGGAAAAUCAACCAAGUGAAGGUUUCUUGAUGUGGAGUAUGGUAGUUGUUCUCAUCACUGCAGCAACUUGGCUUGCUUUGGCUACAUACUUGCAGCUGCCAGUCUCACCGCAGCAAUCGAUGCAAGGUGCUCUACUGGGAACUAUACUUGUUACUGAAGGUUUUAGCUACUUACCCUUGUGGAAUAAGAACGCAAAUCACAAUUUCAAUGGCGGAGGAAUUCUUUGGAUAUUUCUUGAAUGGACUGUGGCUCCACUCAUUGCCUUCGCUUGUGCACUCAUACUCUUCAGCGUAAUGAAGGCUUCUCUGCUUCGUCGUGAACAUGCUGAAAAAUGGGUUCUUGUUUUUCUCCCAUUUGCCUAUGGAAUAUCUGCUGGACUGCUUUGCCUCUUUUUCAUGUUUCAGGUAAAUUUCCUUGAGUGCAAUUAUUGGGUUACCAUUGCUGCAGUUGCCACGGCCACCAUGACUGGAGCACUAUUAUCUUUGGGUUUGGUGAUUCCUUUGGCCAUGAAGAAAGUCAAUGUAGACAGAAAUUACAAGACCAAGAAGAGAAACAUGUCUAAAUCCAUAGACCAAAAGUGCAUCGAAAGCCAAGAACAAACAUGCAUUAGUACAAAAUCUUUGGAUGACGAAGCGCAGUUUGAAGAAGCCUUGAAAGAUUUCAUGCAGAUGAGAGUCCUUGAUACCGUGUACGAAGAAGAGGAUGAGAGGAGCUGGGCUUCACCGGACUCAAUAAAGGAACCUGAACCCGAACCUACGCCUGCUCAUAGUCACUCAGUUUCCGAAGAUCAGUCUAACACGGAGAAAUCUAGGUCAUUUAGGCAGUUGCUUGAAUCUUCUCCAAACCAGGGUCAAUCAAGGCACUUUCACAAGAUUGACAAAAUUACAACACCGGUUGAGAAUGCCCUUCGGUUCAUAAGAGGCUCAUCCAAAUCAGCUUUUUCUCAUGCGAACGAGUAUGACAGACAGACCCUUGUUCGCCAUGCUCUAGCUGAAAAAUAUGAUGAUGUUGAAGGCUUGUUCAUUUUCCCACAGAUUAUAGCUUCGUGUAUCUUCGCGCUUAUUCAAUCUGCUAAUGAAGUAGCUGCCAUUGUGAGUCCAUAUGGAGCUAUUCUUGAUGUAUUUCAACACAGGGUGAAAUACUCCGGAAAUGGGGAAUCUGUGGAAUCCAUCCAUGUGAACUGGUGGUUUAAGGCGAUUGGCGGAUUUGGUGCAGCAGUUGGUUUCUUGAUCUGUGGCAGGAGGCUGACACAGUGCCUAGGUGGGAAGCUCACUUAUAUAAGCAACUCAAGAGGCUUAGCAGCGCAACUGUCCACUGUAGCAGCAAUGAUUCUGGUUCAUAAGAUUAAGCUUCCGGUUUCAAGUGUUCAUGUUUUUGUUGGAUCGUUAGUAGGAGUUGGGGUCGCAGACGACGCUCGGAAUGUUAACCGGAAGCUCCUGUUCAAGUUCAUAUGUGGGUGGGUGCUCACCAUUCUUUUUUGCACUGGGAUUGCUUAUGUCAUCUUCUCAGUGUCUAUACACUCCCCAGCCUAUGUGGUGCCCUAAUCUCUCUCCAAUUGUUCCAUCAACAAUCCAUUUUGUUCAUUUUCUUUUCUUUUCUUUUUUUUAUUCCAUUCCUCUAUAUGUGUGUGUAUAUAUAUAUUAUUUUUAUUUUUUAAUUCAUAAAGCCGACCUCAUUUACUGAAAUAAUACAUUAUUGUUGUUGUUGAUGUGUAACACUCAAAUAGUCAAAUUUCUGAUUAGUCA